AUGGCGGCAACUGUUGAGAAUCCGCUUCUUGCUCAACCCGCGUCCGCUGUUACAACUGCAACUAGCAGACGUAGUGCUUUCAAAAUUUUCUUAGGAUCAAUAUUUACUCUAGGUCUAAUUGUUUUAAUCGUGUGCACUUGGAAUAAUCAUACAUCUCCAGUUUGUUAUCUCGAAAAAUUUUACGUUCCUGGACUCAACAAAGCCUCAAAUGAUACCCAAAUUAUCAACACCACAACAAUAUCUUUCGAUCUCAGUUUUUCAUACUUCGAAACAGCAAAGGAUAAGCGUACAAUCUACUACGAUAACAUUGAUUUGACCUUUUCUUAUGUCAGUAACAACUCAAUUCAACCAAUUGGGAAUAUCACUAUACCCGAGUUUCAUUAUCUGGAAACUUUCUGGCAAGCUCAUCGUGCUGCAACAAUUAAGACUUCUGGGGUACCCUGGGAACAAGCUAGAAUAGGGGUUUCAAAUGGGAGCACGGCCAUGUUUCGAGUAGAUUUGGAAACAAAAUUUAGGAUUUCAAAUGGGUUAUUUUGGAAGUCUGAUAGAUAUGAUUUAAGAGUAGGGACCAAUGUUACAGUCAAUGAUCACGGAAUGAAGUCUGUGAAUCACAUAUUGAGGCUAUCUAGUGCUUCUGUGCAUGUUUGCGACUGUAUUCCUGUGGCUAUUGUGGCAUUGUUGGUUCUAGUUUAA